AGUCUACUCUCCUCCUCUAUCCUUCUCUCUCUUCCACCAGCACCCUGUGCGCCUAGUAACAUCGAGACAGUGAUGGACUGCGAGGCCCGUGUUGCCAUGGUGUCCUGGUCUAUGAGUGCCGGGACUGUGUCCUACGUGGCUACAGCCACCACCCUGUCAGGCCACGCCGUCACCUGUGAGACCAGCGACACCUUCUGUGAGCUGGGAAGCCUGGCCUGCGGAGAGAGCUACUCUGUGUCUGUACAGGCCUGGGGAGAGAGCUGCAGUAGCAUGGCUACCAUGACAGGACAACUGGUCACUGAGCCCUGUGUGCCUUUCCACCUGAGUGCUAAGUACAGCCUGACCAUAGGCCAGGUGUUGUGGGACGUGAGUCAGGGUGCUACCCUGUACAGCGCUGAGGCAGUGACGGAGGAGGGUCACCUUAUUAGCUGCAACACCAGUGACACCUACUGUGCCCUCUACAACAUGGCCUGUAGCCAGGUGUACAACGUCACCGUCACCGCACACAACAACAUCUGCCAAGGCAUGGCUACGUCCAAGUCUAUCAACCUCAAGACAGAGCCCUGUCCUCCCAACAACGUGGAGACAAGUGUUGACUGCGAGACUGGAACAGGCGCUAUUUCCUGGGAGAUGAGCGUUGGGGCAUUGGGAUACAUAGCAUUCUUCAACGGACGCGAUGGAGACUCUCUGUCCUGCCACACCUUGGCACACCACACUUCCUGUAGGGUAGAGGGACUGAACUGUGGCACAGUUUACUACGCCCGCGUCAGAGCCCUGGGAGACACUCUUAAUAGCACCGACUCUACCACUGUUCUGCUGGCCUCAGCUCCCUGUGUCCCCGCCAGCAUGGAGGCAGAGGUGGACUGUGAUAAGGCCACGGCCCUGGUGACCUGGGGCUGGAGCAAUGGAGCCCAGUCCUACAUCCUCACUGCUAUGGGCAGCGACGGGCACCAGGCCUCCUGCCACACAGAGGAGAACUACUGCAACAUGAUCGAGCUGGCCUGUGGUGAGGACUACGACCUCACCCUGACCGCCAUCAACAACAACUGCCAGGUGGAGACCCUGACUGAGGUCAGCUUCAGCACACGUCCCUGUCCCCCCCUGCAUGUGGGCGUGGACCUGCAGUGUGGGACCCACACUGCCACCUUGUCCUGGGAGCAGAGAGAAGGGCUGCAGUUCUAUGUUGCUAGUGCCACCUCCAGGGCUGGAGGAUCUACUGGGUCCUGCAACACUAGCAGCUCUAGCUGCCAGUUCCCUGCUCUGGACUGUGGGGAGACCUACAGCUUCACUGUGACCGCCCACAGCAGCCUGUGUCAGAGUGAACUCAGCAGCACUGUCGAGAUCAAGACAGAACCUUGCCAGCCAGACCAGGUGACAGCUACAGGGUCAUGUGACAGUGAGACAAUGGUGGUUGUGGCGUGGGCCGAGGCCGAGGGGGCGGUGGUCUACAUGGUGACGGCCAUGGGAGACCUGGGAUACAUGACAGCGUUCCAGACCAAUGAAAGCAGCCUGGAGGCGGAGCUGCCCUGCGGACAGACCUACAGCUUCACUGUGAUUGGCCAGGACGAAAGUUGUGAUAGUCCAAUCAGUGAUGCUGCAAAGUUCAGGACUGCCCCCUGUGUGCCCCAGCAUGUGGAGAGCUACACUGUGUGUGAGAACAGCCUGGGCUCAGUGAGCUGGGCCGAGAGCGAAGGGGCGGAGUCCUACACCGCUGUCGCCGUCGGAACAGACGGCCACACCCACAUGUGCACCACCAACUCUACCAGCUGCACCUGGGAGGACCUGCACUGUGGAGACCUCUACACCGUCCACGUCAUCUCCAACGACUACCUGUGCAGCAGCUCCCCUAGUAACAGCACCACCGUACGCAUAGCUCCCUGCGUGCCCCAGAACCUGGUGCCCACUCUGGACUGUGGCAAGAGGGUUGGCUCCCUGACCUGGGACCUGAGCCACGGUGCAGACUUCUACAUGGUGACUGCAGAGACCAACGCUGGCCACAAGGUGGAGCUGAGCACCAAUGACACCAACGCUUACAUCUCAGAGUUCCAGUGUGGUCAGGAGUACUACCUGUCUGUCCAGGCAGUGGAUUCAGAGUGCAGGAGUGCACCCUCCCCCCCUGCAACACUCAGGACAGAGCCCUGCAAUCCCACCUCCAUCUCUAGCACGAUGGACUGUCUCUCCAACAUCGCCGUGGUAACGUGGGCGGUGUCUGAGGGCGGAGCCGAGUACUACACCACCACGGUGGAACACGAGGACGGCCAAUCAAAGAGCUGCAUGUCGUCCAGCUUCCAGUGCGGCAUGCCCGACCUGCGCUGUGGCCAGAACUAUACCGUUACCGUCACCGCAUCCAACCAACAUUGUCACUCCGACCCCAGCGUUGUCAACACCCUGACCACAGUUCCCUGCGUCCCUACCCAUGUUGUGGCCGUUAUGGAUUGUUCUGACAACACAGCCGCAGUGACCUGGAGCCCCACCCAGGGCGCGCUGUCCUACAGAGCCGUGGCUCAGAGCCCCCGCGGCGCCAUCUCCUCCUGCGAGAGCACUGACCCACAAUGCAUCCUAGCCAAUCUGACCUGCGGAGUGCCCUACACCGUGCAGGUGUUGGCGGUGAACGAGCGCUGCUCCAGCCUGCCCAGCCACAUGGCAGAGUUCCAGACAGUCCCCUGUACCCCUGAGAUCACUGGGGUUCUCCUGGACUGCUACACAGACUCAGCUCUGCUGGGGUGGGCCUACGCUGAGGGAGCUGUGUCCUACACCGCCACAGCCCAGUCCGGGGACGAACAGACAGCCACCUGCAACACAAACCUCACCAACUGUCAACUUAUGGAGCUAGCCUGUGGACAGACAUACACUGUCACCUUGAGGGCAUCUGAUGGCCAGUGUGACAGCUUCCAGAGCACCAGUGUGAAAGUGUCAUCAGUCCCCUGUCCUCCCCAGGCUGUUGUAUCGCAGCUUAACUGUUUAGCUAACUCAGCCCGUGUUGAGUGGAAGGCCAGCAGUGGAGUAGACUCCUACACCGUCCAGGCUAUGAGCAUGGAGGGAGACGUGACCGGCUGCAAGACCGAUGGAAACGCCUGUUCCAUAUCGGACCUCGUCUGCGGCUCCACCUACAACAUCAGUGUCAACGCCAUAAACAAGGAGUGCAACGUAUCAGAGAGCGCCAUCAUACAGAUGCAGACAGUGCCCUGUGUACCUGAGCAGUUGGAGGCCAAUAUGGACUGUGACUCUGGCUCUGUGUCCGUAUCUUGGGAGCCUAGCAACGGUGCCACCUCCUACACAGCUGUUGCCCAGGGCAACGGUGGCUACGCAUCAUCAUGCAACAGCAGUGACACCUCUUGCCAGUUCCCUGAGCUGCUGUGUGGCCUGUCCUACAGUAUCACCGUUCAAGCCUCUGACGAUGUGUGUAACAGCGCAGACAGCAGCGCCGUACAACUCAACACAUUACUCUGUGAGCCCCAGAAUGUCAGUGCUCAGAUGGAGUGCGGAAGCAAUGCUGGACUGGUGUCAUGGGAACAGGGAGAGCUUGUGUCUUCCUACCUGGUGCGUGCGGUUAGCUCCGACGGACACCGGACCCAGUGUGACAGCAACGCCACCAGCUGCAGACUACCCAGCAUGCACUGUGGCCAACAGUACAACCUAACCGUCACAGCCCAGGACGGGAGGUGUGACAACAGCAAUGCAUACCUGACCCUGCAGUCUGUCCCCUGUAACCCCACCAACGUGCAGGCAUCCCUCCAGUGCCUCUCUAACUCUGCAGCAGUGACAUGGGAGCAGGCCAGCGGCGCGGUGUUGUACCAGGCUGUUGGCACAACAGAUGGAGGUCACCAGGCGAUGUGUAACAACAGUCAGACACACUGUGAUCUGAGCGGACUGCAGUGUGGACAGACCUACAACGUCACUGUGGUCUCCAAAGACAACACCUGCAGCAGCGUAGACAGCGACACGGCACACGUCAGGACGGCUCCCUGCCCUUCCCAGGACGUGGCUGUGGAUGUACAGUGUGCCGCCGGCUCCAUGAUGGUCACAUGGUCCGCCAACCCUAACGCCGAAUCCUUCCAUGUGACGGCUGUGACCAGCGGCUCCACCGACCUGUCAUGUGACUCCAGAGGUCAUCCAAUAAGAACCGGGUGUUCCAUUGAGAACCUUCCAUGUGGACACCUCUACAGCGUCACGGUUACCUCCAUCAGAGGUGGCUGUAAGAGCAAAGUCAGUGGCGCCGUAGCGGUGUCCUCAGCUCCAUGUGUCCCCCAGAAUGCUAAAGGUAGUCUGGACUGUAUUUCUAACUCUGUCUGGGUGUCUUGGGAUGCCUCCACCGGGGCUCAGACAUACACAGUCCUGGCCAACGGCGGCGGAGGUGUUAACUCCACCUGCACUUCUUCUUCUACUGCCUGUAAUGUGCCUGACCUGGCCUGCGGAACCCAGUACACCUUCCAUGUGACUGCUGUCAACACACACUGUCAGAGCUCACCCAGUAAUACCUUCCAGAUCGAGACAGGUCCUUGCGCCCUGAAAACCAUCACCGCGGUGAACACAUGCCAUAGCAGCAGUAUCGUGGUUAGCUGGGAGCAUACAGAGUUAUCUCCUACCAUCGUGGCGACGGCAGAGGGACAAGACCAAUCCAUGUUCACCUGUAACAGCACGUCCACUUCCUGUGAGCUCAUGGGAGUGCGAUGCGGCAUGCACUACACCAUCAUCGUCUCCGUCCCCUCCGACAAGUGCAGCACCUUGAGGAGCCCACCCAAAAAGAUCAACACAGCUCCCUGUGUCCCUGAGGAUGUGACAGUGGUAGCGUCCUGCAAGGCAGAAGGUACAGUGGUGUCCUGGGCUCACUCCUUGGUGGCCCAGUCCUACCUCCUCACCGCCACCAGCCGAGGUGGCGACGUCCGCACCUGUAACAGCUCUGUGAACAAAUGUACCCUGGCUAAGCUCCACUGUGGUCAGCCCUACACAUUCAGCGUGACCGCCAGCACCAGCACCUGCACCAGCCAGGCCAGCCCCAACGUCACCUUCAGCACAGUGCCCUGUGACCCCAUUGGCCUGUCCGUUCAUGUCCAGUGUGAGACUAGCUCAGGCGUGCUGUCCUGGUCCCCCAGCCAGGGCUCUGUGGGGUACUACGGCUUUGCCCAGUCUGAGGAUGGGGACAUGCUGUACUGUGACAGCAUGGACACGUCCUGCACAAUCCAGGGUCUUGACUGUGGAGCCAUGUACAACUUCUCUGUGCUGGCCUCUGAUGGAGCCUGCAACAGCUCGUACAGCCAACCCCUGCUUGAGGGAGCAGCCCCCUGCGCCCCUGCCACCGUGCGGAACCGCAUGCGACUGAUCGGCAAGACCCACUUUGCCCGUACCUCCUGGAGUGCGGUCGUCUGCCCCAAUGUCGAGUACCUGGUUGAGAUGACCGGCAGUAUCCUGGAUGACCCGCAGGCCAUGUUCGAUGUCUCGUCCUAUUGGAUGAAGUACACCUUCUUUGAGUUGGCCCUGCCCUGUGGCUCCUCCUACAGUCUGACAGUCCGUACCAGGAACUCUGCCGGAACCAGCAAGCCCUCCACCCCCGUUACCGGGACAACAGCUCCCUGCGCACCUCUGGCCGUGAACUACACGGGUGACAACAUGCCUGCCAUGCUGUCCUGGGAGGCUGCAGUGCUCGCCACACAGUACACCGUCUAUGUCGUGACCGGAGACGGCCGCACGCAGGUGUGUUCCACCACGGAACUGUCCUGUCAGCUUAAUAACGUCCAGCCAGGCGCCAUCGAGGUUACCGCUAGCAACGCUGUGGGAGAGAGCGUCCCCACCAAAGACAUCAACGGGCCAUCAAAUCGCCACAGAAGAGAUUUGGGGAUGGCAAAGCCUGCCAUGUUUGCUGACUUCCGCAUCAGAGAGGAGCUGUCCGAACCCAAGGUGCUAGUUGCUACGGUAACAGGUGUUUCCCUGCACAUGGAGUGGGCACCGGUGAGGGACGCCACCCUCUACACCAUUAUCAUCGUCCAAGAAGACACACCCUCCAGACGCCAGGUGCUGACCGUCUCUGAAGAGCUGACCAAUGUGAACGACCUCGAGCCCUCCACAAGAUACUGCAUCUUCGUCUCGGCCAAGAACGAACACACCCAGAGCAACUACUCCAAGGAGUGUGUCACUACUGGAGUCCCCAUGUGAUUGGCUUGACUUUCACCCCAACCAAAUGGACAUUACGGUUACCAGGGCAACCACCAAUCGAUGUAGUGUAAAGAAAAUCAUCAGUGACUGCUUCCUGUCUCUAGAAGUAAACACCCAAGGCAGAAGAGAGGCUUUUCAACAGACUGAGGGACAGGGAGGGGUUACUGUUGUUAAGCAUAAAUUACUAUCACAAAAGGCAGUCUUUAUCGCAUAGAUGAUCCUACUAAAGCUAUGUUAUUUUCGAUUAACUUGAAAGCUGAAAUGUGGUAUUUUUUAGUUAUUUUAUACAUUGAAAAUACUUUUUAGAGCUAGGUAUGAUUUUCUUGUUUUUUUGUAGUCGAUAAGAUAGCAGCAUGUGUCUUUAUAAUGUGUAGUUCUUUGAAAAAAGUAUGACUAAAAAUGUUUUUUUAUUUAUCUUAAAAUUGUUAUAUUUUUGAGACCUAAACGAACAACACUUUUCUGUCCACUAAAUGUAUUUUAGAUUAUUCUGCUGGUUGUAUACAUCAUUUGAUUUGAAACAAAGAAAAAGUAGAUCAAGAGAGCAAAUAAAUGCUAUCAAGCAAGUAGUAAUUUAUGAAGCAAUAUUUUU